AUGACGAGCCUCAUCUAUACUGUAAGCAAAGAAAGGUUCGGCUUGGCUAAGAAGAAACCAGAGAAGCCAGCCCCUAUUAUCAGCAGAAGACAGAGGCUAAUCAAACAGACCCGGAAGGAGCUUUCAAGUGUAAAGAGGCAGUAUAGAAAAGCCAAGGAAGAAGAGAAAGAGCCAUCAUUGUCUGAGGUACAGCACGUGGUGAAGAAAGCGAGGACAGGCUCAGUCCCAGGCCCGAACGGCAUUCCUUAUCGUGUCUAUAAGAUGUGCCCAGGCAUACUUCAGAAACUAUGGACCCUACUUAGAGUUAUUUGGAGAAAGGGCAAAUUCCCGGAUUGCUGGAAGAGAGCGGAGGGAAUAUUCGCCCCAAAGGAGAAGGACUCAAAUGAUAUUGGUCAGUUCCGGACUAUUUCUCUGCUCAACGUAGAGGGGAAGAUAUUCUUUGCAGUCCUAGCCAAGCGACUGUCAACGUUCCUUACUGACAGCAACUACGUUCUGACAACUAUCCUGGUAUUAGUGUCCGGUGAAUCGGAAGUCACGCUUAGCACGAUGCUGAGGAAGUUGAGGCGCUACCGGAAGGAGCUGAUACUACUGUGGGUCGCGCUGUUGCUGCUGGCUCUGGUGAUGAUUUUUUACAGAGAUGCAGGUAUCAAGAUUCUUGUCGGGAGCAGACACCAACUAUGGACUUCACAUGACACAGACCCGAAGGUAUCGGUGGAAGCUAAAGCAGUGGAUAUCCCUCCCACUCACGGCUACGAGUUAGCGAGGAGAGUAGCCGAGCGCUGCUCGUCUUAUGUCCGGAACCGCAUUUCCGGCGGCAUCGACGAGGGCGUGUUUGGGUCUUUCUCGAGCGAAAACAUUGACCUGUGUAUUGUGUGGAAAGUGGGCACGACAUUCAUUCGUCGUCUCUUCCUGAUGAAACAGAAUCCCAGGUUUGCAAAAGUCAUCAGCCCUUACGAGAUAAAUUUUUCGGAGGACUAUGUAACCGGAAGUAGAAUACGAAUGGACCUCUCCGUAAAACGAUUUUUGUUUGUUAGAAAUCCUUACAAGCGAUUAUUAUCUGCCUUCGUUGAUAAAUUGAUGGCACCGAAUCCUGUGUAUUGGACUAUCCUUGGUGUGAAAAUCGCUCAAUACGCCAAACAGAGCCCGAGCCCGUUAAGUCUAGCAUGUGGUCACGAUGUAGAGUUUCAUGAAUUUAUACGGUACUCGGUCCUUACUCUGGACCCCACUCAGCGCUUCCGACCAGGUGCCCCCGACGGCCACAUUUCGUCUCAGUCAAGUUUGUGUAAACCGUGUCAUGUUAAAUAUGACUUCAUCGGAAAGAUGGAAAACUUUCAAUCAGAUUCCAUAGAACUUAUUCGACAGAUGAGAUUCACAAACGAGACGCUCGAUGUAUUGUCUGAGAAUGGAGACAUGCUGUCCGCUGAGGAUGCGAUUUUAGAUUCUUGCUAUCAGCCUUUCGAUCCCGAUUUCCAAGCAGGCCUUUUGAAAUGUAUCAGUUUCUACGAAGCGUUGAAGCGUACUUGGCGGAAAAUGCAGAUCCGCGGUCUCAUAGGCCCGGAAGACAUCCCAGUAACGGAAAAAGAUGCAGUGUUAGUUACGCAGGACAAGCUUUUCAAGCUCGCCAUGGAGUCACGUGACCACACUACACAAACCGAACGGCUCCGAAUGAAAAACAACUUUUACCGGGAAUUUUAUAACAGCAUCGGAGCGGAAGAUUUGUCGAAAUUGCGCGCAAUUUACGCUGAAGACUUCAUGUUGUUUGAAUAUGAUCAUAGACCCUUUUAGUGUAUAAUAUAAAUGUUUAACUAAAUCAUAAUUCAACUGUAAAUACGAAUAUCAAUUUACUUUUAUGAUUUUGUAUUUAAAUAAGUUUAAGGUUAAUCACGGCUGACAUUAUUCGCUAUUGUAUAGCACUGUGUUGGGGUGAGCGACAACAACAGGAGCAACAACAGAAACACAUGUGUGCGGAUAUUAAAGCAUGGGUGCUGAUUUAUGGAAUUAUUAACUUCUAGAACGAGUGACUCAUUACCAUUUUCAUUUAACCGUUCACAAUUAAUGAUAU